UCACCCCUACCCCUGUACAAAACAUAAUCCUAAUAUCAAGAAAAUAAAAAUUUAUUUGAUUUAGAUAGUUAUUAAUAAUGAGUGAUUUUGUUAAAUCGGCUAUUGAUAUUUUAAGUCGUACGCAAAAGGAAGAUGAACAAGGAUUCGUUGGCGAAAUUAUUGAAAUUAAUGGUUUAAAAUUUAAAGUGAAAAAGUUUUUGGCCGCUGGAGGAUUUUCUAAUGUUUAUGCCGUAUCAAACAAAAAAGGGGAGUUUUUUGCUGUAAAAAGGCUGAGUGGGUUCGAUAAAGAAGGCUGUGACAAAAUUCUAAAAGAAGUAGAUGUGCACAAAAAAUUAUCAAAUGAUAACAUUGUGAAAUUGCAUGGAGUUUCCCUUAUUCAAAAGAAAGUCGGGAGUUUAAAGGUCGCGGAAUAUUUACUUUUGACAGAAUUAUGCCCGUUUUCAUUAGUUGAUAUUGUAAAUGAAGAACUGCAAUUAUUCACAAUUUUGAACAUAAUGAAUCAUGCAAUAAGUGCAAUAAAUUAUUUACAUGGCUUGCAGCCCCCUAUAAUUCACAGAGAUAUAAAGUUAGAAAAUUAUUUGAUUUCCGUAGAUGGGAUUUUAAAGUUAUGUGAUUUUGGAUCUGCAACAACUGACGCUAUCAAACCAAACGAAAACUGGAGCAUGAAAAAAAGGGAAGAAAUUCAAGAAGAAAUUUUUAGUAACACAUCACCAAUGUAUAGAGCACCCGAAAUUGUAAGUACAUGGGAAAAUUAUGAAAUUAGUUUGAAGGUAGAUAUAUGGGCUAUUGGGUGCGUGUUUUAUUGUAUUUUAUAUAAAAAGCACCCAUUCGAAGAUGCUGCAAAGUUACGCAUUAUAAAUGGAAAUUAUGUUAUACCUAAUAUGACAAAAUAUAAUUGCUUCCAUACUCUGAUCAAAAAAUGUCUAAUUGUUAAUCCUAAAUUUAGAAUAGGAUCAUGUGAGGCUGUAAAUAUUUUGCAACAUAUCAGUAGGGUGAACGGACAUAAAGUUUCAGAAAAAAUUAACUUGGCUGAAGUUAUGUCACAAAAUAUUGAAUCUACUAUAUGUACUAAUGAACGGAGUAUCAAAGGUAGAAGUUUUGAAACUGAAUCAAAUAUAUUAGACAAUUCGGACUCACUUCAAUCCUUAAUAAAUGCCAAUGCGUUCUUAACUUCAAUUAAAGGUGGCGCAAACUUAAUAUUCAAGAACUUUCUGGGAUCAUCUUCUAAAGUUUUGAAUUCCGUAUACAAUAAUAAGGCAAGCAACAUUUUUAGCAUAACUAGUAGAAUUAUCGUCUCGUACGAAUCAAGUCAAGACAUUUUGAAAAAACAUCUAGAAAGUAUAUACUUGUUGUCAAAUAUUAGUGUUUAUGCUUUUUGUUUCAAUAACUUUCGUUUACCGCCACCAGUGAGAACCAUUCAGAUAAGUUCAUUGAACUAUAAUUGGAAAAUUAAAACUCUAGAUUUAGAAUUUCUAUAUAACCUUGUUGAAGAAAUAUUUGGGUUUCUAAAUUCUGAAAAAAAACAUAUUUUAGUUUUACAAGAAAGUAAAUGUUGUAAUAUAAUAGUGGUAGUGGUAUGCGCUCUGUUUUUAUAUUCUGGUUUGGUUGAAUAUAUAGAAGAUGCUCUACAAAUUUUUGCUGUAAGGGUACAACCAAUAAAAAUAUUUGCUUCGGAAUUUCGAUACUUAAAUUAUUUUAAGCAAAUUCUUAAAGAAAGUAUUCCACAUCAUAAAAAUUUUAAUUUUGUUUCCUUGACUUUAGAAAAAUUUAACUACAAACUAGAAGGAGGUACAUUAUUUGUAGAAAUUUAUGAGAACAAUAAUUUUGUACAUUCGUGUAACAUAAUGAAUUUAUCAAAUAAUGCAGGGAUUAUGAUAAAUAAAAAAUUAAUUGGAAAUAUUUUGAUAUUAUUUGCAAAUCAAAAAAAUUCUGUGAAAUGCCUUGAAAAUAAUAUUAAAAAUAAAUUUGCAAGUGUACAAUUUCACACUGGUUUUUUAACUAAUCACAAAUUAUUAAAAUUUUCAAAAGAAGAUAUUGAUUUUGACAAUGACGAUACGGAUUUAUCUAUUUUAAUUAAAUAUACUUUAGAUGAGGAAACGGUAAGCAUAUCGAAAUGUUGGGAAAAUGUCCGACUGAAGAAAGAUCCGAUAAAUCUUUUCAGUUCUCAAUAUGAACAUAAUGAAGUAAUUGAAAAUUUUGUUGUAAAUAAAAAGUGUUCGAAACAAUUAGAAGAAUCCGAAAAUGCUUCAAUUAGCAACAAUUACGAUUCUGAAUUUCGAGAGCGUCAUUCUCAUAAUAUAAAAGAUUUCGAAAAUUUCGGCUCUAUUAAAGAAGCAAGUUGUUCAGGAGAUAGCACGGACGUUCCAGUAUUGUUGGAUUUUACAGCAAAUUGUCCAGAAGGAUUUGUAGAUACCCAUAGUAUUACAAGUAUAGUGCCACAAGAAUUAGCAGAUAUUUUCGGACCAUCAUUUGAAAAUACAUUUGAAAAUUUGUCAAUCAACCCAACCCAAACGCAAAAAAAAGAAAAAGAUCCUUUUGGUGAUUUACUUGAGUUCUCUUUUAGUGAUAAUGGUGAAAAAAAUUCUAUUUCGAAACAAGAACAAAUUGACCCUGCUGUGAAAAAAAAUGUAGAUCAAAAACAUAAAAAAACGGAGAAAUUAGAGAAAAGUUUCGGAAAUUUUUCCAAAAAUAGCAUUAGCAGUUCAAGCUCUUGUCAAAAAAAUUCUCAACAGGAUAGCGAUUGUUUUGCAGAUCUGUUAGGCCAACAAGGAUAUAGUUUUGCGAAAAAAAUGACAUCGGAACCGAAGACUAUAAACGAUUUAAGAAAAAAAGAUGUCUUAAAUAACUUAGACGAAGAAAGUUUAAAGAUAUAUAAAUGGACUCAAGGAAAAAGAGCUAAUAUUAGAGCCCUGUUAUGCUCAAUGCACACUAUAUUAUGGAAGAAUGCAGCGUGGUCUAAAUGCGAAAUGCAUCAACUAGUUACUUUUUUGGAAGUUAAAAAAGCAUAUAGAAAAGCAUGCCUUGCAGUUCAUCCUGAUAAGCAUAUUGGAACAGAAAAUGAAAAACUUUCUAAGUUAAUAUUUAUGGAAUUAAAUUCAGCAUGGAACAACUUCAAUACAGAAAAUUCAUAGAGCUCUUACAAAAUUUAGAUAUAUUUUGUUAUAGGUUGCAUAGCUAAAUCUAAUAAAUAGAAUUAAAAUUUGUCAAUAAAAUACAA